AUGACAGAUAUAAACGAUUUUGAUGCUCUUGGUAUAAAUGUAUCAUCUUCACAACAAUGCGUAGACGUUAAUUAUACAAAAUCAGUAACAGUAUUAAAAAGACAGUUACAAAGUCAACUAAACGAAAAGUCAAGUCAAUUAUGGAUGAUCACAGAUUUGAGUACCGCGUUUUUAAAACAACAAACCGAAUUAGAAAAUAGAUUACAAGAACUUUAUCUGACGGAGGGUGAUGAAAUCUCUCAAGAGUUAAAAGACAAAAUAACAGAGCACGAAAAGGGAUCUAGAGCCUUGAAUGAAAAUGUAGUAAAAGUAUUAAAAGAGUUUUUGAUGGCGUCAUCCGUAAGAGAUGCUUCCUCAACAACAGGAACGAUAGACGAAAGACAAGUUUUGAAUAUAGAAGUCAGGCACUUACAAGCUCAGUUACAGGAGAAAGAUCAACGAAUAAAGAAGCUUGAGAAAAGUAAAGCUAAAUUAGGUCGGUUUAAUGAACAACUUAAUAAAACAAUACAGGCAUAUAAAGAAUCUGAAAAGCAGCUUAAAGAAGAAAACUCUGUGCCAAAUGUCUAUGGUUCAAAAGUUCGUCAUGAGCAAAAUAAGAUGAAUAAUAAGAAACAUACAUCAACGUUCAAUAAAGAAAAAUUCUUGAAGCAUCAGUCUGAAAUUUCUAUUUGCUCUUCUAAAAGUAAAAAUGAUCUAGUUCGUAAUAUUCAAAGCCCCAUUAACAUAGAUCCAAAUAUUAUUCACGUGAUCGCUAAAACUUUGAUUGGUGAAUAUUUAUGGAAAUAUACUAGAAACAAUUUUUGGUCAAGAAAACGACAUAAACGAUUCUUUUGGAUUCAUCCUUAUACUAAUAUCUUAUAUUGGAGUAAAGAGAAUCCUGCUACCUAUGAUUUAGACAGUCUGAACUUAAAGAAAAGAGUGUCUUAUUUCGUUUACAUCGAAUCUGUUCGAGAAGUUGUUAACUAUGAUUAUUCAUCCCCAAAUUUAUAUCACACGAGUUUAGUCAUUACAACUCCAGAAAGCGAUUUAGAAAUCGUUACCCAAUCAAAAGAACAACAUGAAUGUUGGUUUCAG